UUUUUCUUUUCUGAUUAUUUUGUAGAUCUACAGUUGAAGACUCUCAAGUCUGAGUUGAAACUGUCAAAUAUUUCAGCAUAUGCUGAAGGUAGUAGAAAGAAUUUAAAAAUUCAGUGGGAAUCAUUUAUUUUAUUUUGUAUUUAUUUCAAAUUUUGUUAUUUACCGGCGAGUACAAACACUCUUCAAUUAUAUUCUCAAUUUUUGAGUCGUUCUUUUAAAUCAGUAUCUAGUAUUCGUAAUUAUUUAAGUGGGAUCAGAACUGUUCAUCAGUUACUGGGAUUUGAUUUAAAUGAAAUGAACACUUUUCUGGUUAAUUUUACACUUCGUGGCAUUUCCAGAUUGAAAUGUCACUGUGUCAAACAAGCUGAACCUAUAACUCCUUUCAUACUUAACAAAAUUUUUUUGGCUUUAGACUUCAAAGACACUGAGAAUUUGACUUAUUGGUGUCUAUUUAUAUUUGCCUUUUUCUUACUUGCUCGCAAAUCAAAUUUGGUUCCUACCACUAGUAAAGAUUUAAUUAAUCAUAAGUGUUUAUUUAGAUCUGAUGUUACUCGUUUUCAUGGUAAUUUAUUAGUUACUAUGAAUUGGUCAAAAACUAUCCAGUUUGGCGAACGGCUUUUACAGACCCCUUUAUUGAGAUUAAGAGGUUCCCAUUUAUGUCCGGUUACAGCUUAUGAUAACAUGUUAAAAGGGGUACCUGGCGUUUCGUCAGAUGCUUUAUUUCUUUUACCUAAUGGUAAACCUGUAACUUAUUAUUUAUAUCAAAAUAAGUUACGUAAUAUUUUGAAUGAUAUUGGUUUAGAUUCUUCCUUGUACUCUUCACAUUCAUUCAGACGUGGUUUUGCCACUCUUGCAUUUAAGAAUAAUGUUAGUUCUGAUGAAAUUCAAAUUCUUGGAGAUUGGCAUUCUGACGUUUACAAACAUUACAUUUCACUAUCUAUAGAGGAUAAGUGUAAAAUAAUUAAAGAUAUUUCACAUAUAUUUUAUGUUUAAAAAUACAUGUAUAGUAUGGCAUUGUAUUUAACAAAGUUUUAUGUUUUCAGAACAUGUAAAUCAUCCACCACUGCGCAAGUGUACAAUAGUCUCCGACUCCAUAGCGAAAAAUGUUUCUGGAAUUUGGGAUACCAAAAUUACAGCCUUUCCAGGGAUUAAUAUUUCAAGAUUAAGCUAUAGAAUUUCUCAAGGUCAGGUAGAUUUAAGAUCUUCAUUCAUUAUUUUACAUGUGGGCACCAAUGAUGUUACUGGUCCCCGUUCAGAGGAUGAGAUAAUUUCAUCCUUUAAUGAUUUGAUAUCUAACGUUCGACAUCAAUCUAAUGGUAGUAUUAUCGUAUCUGCUAUUAUUCCUCGACCAAUUGAUUUUGAGUCCACUGGUGAUAGAGUUAAAAAUUUAAAUAAUAAGUUAGUUUUAUUAUGCAACUCCAGGAAGGUUUCAUUUAUUAGAACCUUCAAGCCAUUUCUUAAAUGUGGUUUACCACGUCGUGAAUAUUAUGCCAUUAAGGAUGGGGGGUUACAUUUAAAUCUUGAAGGGACCCGACGUUUAAAGGAAUUCUUUAUAAAUACUAUUGCGCACUUGAAAUAAUAAGUGUUGGAUGAUACAUGAAUUGGGAUAAAAGAUUAUAAAGAGCAUUAUUAUAAAUAAUCUUUAAGAUAAAUGUUCAAAUGGGUAGUAUUAGAAAUAUGCUGACUUUAUGCUUUUGUUUGAGAUACAUUGUUUCUCAUGAAAGGCUUGAUCUUACAAUUCGGCAUUGGCCGGCAUUGAAGGUUAUUACUGCUAAGGAGAUAAUAUGUAAGUCUCUUAGUGGGUUAUUUAAUACUGCUCAUUUGUAUUGAUGAUUUGUUAAUUUGUUUCUGAUUCAGUUGGUGCAUUGAAUCUUAUAAUGAUUUGAAUUUCUUUACUAUUAAAUUAUGUUCUUUGUCUUUGCCCGAGAUACACUGUUUCUCAGGAAAGACUAUCUUGCAAGCUGGCGAUGGCUAGUCUUGAAGGUUAUACUACUAAGGAGGUAAUAAGAAAGCCUCUUAGUAGGUUUUGUUCAUAGUUUGUUAAGUGUAUUUAUAUGCUCUUGCUUACUUGUUUGUUAUUUUGGCCGUGGGUUUGGCUUUAUGGUAAAUAUUACUCUUGUAGUAAUCAUUAUGCUCACAAAUAGACAUUCAAACAAGUUAUGAUGUGAGUUAUAAAUGUUUUAAAUGCAUAAUAUAAGUGUGUUCUCAUACAAUGUUUGUAUGAAUUUGUCUUUGAUCACUUGUAUAUGAAAUAGAUGACUUAUAUAUGUGGUGAAUGUUAUGUAUGAAUUUGAUUCAUGUGAUCUCUCAAUUGCCUAAAAAUAUAUAUUCAUAUGACAGAAAUUUUCUUUUGUUAUUUUUUCUGAUUGAAAACUGAUAAUUUGGAUUAUUUUGUUUUAAAAAUAACUUAAUUAUAAGAUUGAAUGAAGUUGACCUUUUCAGUGUUUUUUCAUUAGUCGAUUUUUGUUUAUGGUUUACGUCAGCAAUAAACAUCUUUUUAUUGGUCGCUUCUGUUUUUGGCGGUAGAUUUACGUCAGCAAUAAACAUCUUUUUAUUGGUCGCUUCUGUUUUUGGCGGUAAAUAUUUUUGACCAUUUGUUUCCUGGGCCUUUUUGUCAUUCUGUAUUUCGUCGACUUAGAGAUCACAUGUUUUGAUAAUUAAAAAAUUUUCCCACCCUUCCCUCCCAAUUAAUAUGUUGAUGGUUAAUAUUAUAUUAUAUAUUAUAUUGGUUAAUAUAUGUAUUUUAUUAAAAUUUAGAUAUUGCUUUAUGGUAAAUAUUACUCUUGUAGUAAUCAUUAUGCUCACAAAUAGACAUUCAAACAAGUUAUGAUGUGAGUUAUAAAUGUUUUAAAUGCAUAAUAUAAGUGUGUUCUCAUACAAUGUUUGUAUGAAUUUGUCUUUGAUCACUUGUAUAUGAAAUAGAUGACUUAUAUAUGUGGUGAAUGUUAUGUAUGAAUUUGAUUCAUGUGAUCUCUCAAUUGCCUAAAAAUAUAUAUUCAUAUGACAGAAAUUUUCUUUUGUUAUUUUUUCUGAUUGAAAACUGAUAAUUA